AUGGAUGGUCAGUUUGUCGAGAUACCCAGUCUACACAGCAAAGAAACCCACGAACCCACUACAAUGCUACAACUAUAUCCAAAUGGCGAUGCCAUCCUCGUGGUACAUCAUCGCACAAAACCGUCCAUGAAAUGUCUCGUCUCAACUACCAUCCUGCGCGUUGCCUCACCGUACUUUGAAUCACUCUUUGGAUCCAACUUUAAAGAAGGCGCUGCGGUUCGACAGGGAGAGUGUCCUGAGAUUACACUCCAAGAAGACGACCCCGAGGCUAUGGAGAUUAUCCUCUCUAUUAUUCACUUCAAGUACAGCGAAAAGUUUUCUAGUCUCAAGCCUGCUCUGUUGGCGGCGGUGGCGAGACAGAGCGACAAGUACAGCUGCAACGUUGCCCUGCGACCUUGGAUUUCCACCUGGCUGUCCGGAAUCGAAAACGUGUCUGAUCCCAAGGAUAUUGGACUGCUUCUAACGGCUGCGUACUUUUUCCGAUCGACUGAAUCAAUCUCAAGUGUGUCAAAAGGAGCUGUGCCGCAUCUGAAUUUGGAUUUUGACUCGGAGUGGUCUAAGCACGAGAUGACUGCCAUCUUGCCGUUUGAGAUAAAAGAUGCCCUGGCUGGUGAGAUUUCGAGAGUGUUGGAUCAGAUCCACCUCGCAAUCCAGUGGAACGAGCGCACAUUAGGAAGCUACGAGAAGAGCUACACCACCGAACAGAAGCUCUGUAUGAAAUGUGGACGACUACCUUCCCGUGACGUGAGAGAUGACCGCUGCCGAAGAUGUUCAAGUGAUGUUCUCGAUUCACUAUGCACGACCGAAACUCGCAUCGCCGCAUACUUUCGUUGUCUGGAAACACAUAAACUCUGGCCGUCAGUACAACCCUUCAAGAUCCACACGGUAUCGACUCUGGAAGAUCGGAUCAAGAGGGAUUGUAUUGCAUUGCAUGGUUUUGGCUUUGGGUCAUGGUUAUAG